AUGCAUCAGGACUGGUUAGGAGAUGGCCUGCUGGAGAGGAGCUCUGCAGAGAAGGACCUAGGUAUUCUGAUGGACAACAGGUUUGCAAUGAGCCAGCAGAACGCCCUUAUGGCCAAGACGGCUGAUGAAAAACAGUGUCGCUGCUUUCCAGUUCACUUACUUACACACAAGCUGAUCUUUGUUCACACAGGUCAAGACUUCCAGGGAUCCCUUUUGUCAUAUGGGUUGUGCCUCCACUCAUGCUUCUGCGCAUCUCUUGCAGAACCCGCGCUGACAGAGCAGCUGCCCCAGAUUGUAGAGGCUGUGCAGCAUUUGUGCAGCAACCCCAGGCCCCAGGUGAGGAAGGCCAUUCUGCAUUUCAUCAAUGAUCUGCUUAGUGCUAAUGCCUGGAGCUGCUCAGCUUGGGAUGUGGUGGGGCACAUCUUCAGUGAGUUCAGCCGCGCCAUGGAAAGAAGGGCAGCUGGAGACCUUUCUGCCCAGGAAGCCCAGGAAGAAGGAGCUCUCCAGGAGCUGUGCAUGGACAUCCUGGGGUCACUGGACGUCUCUGCGAGAGGGAUGUCCAAACUCCUGUGGCCGCGGCUGCUGCUGUUUGUGGUGCCAGCACAGUACUUGGGCAUGCUUAUCCCGGUAUCCCGCUGUGUCCGAGCCCUGGCUGAGAGAGGGGACCUAACAUGCCAAGAGGUAGAAGAUCUGGAUCCCCAUUUCGUGAACUCCAUGUUUCAAGGCCCACUGCUGACUCCCCAGACACUGCUGGCACGCCUGUUGGUGGUGGCUGGGAGCCCUGCUGCAGGCAGUGAACUCCAAGCCGCUGCCUUGCUGCUCAUGCAAAACCUCCACAGCAGGAUUCACAGAGCUGUGGGGGCCAUGUGGGCUGCUGAGAUCCCCGUGCUGCUGCAGUGUCUCGAAGGGAAAGAUGAGAGUUUCCAGGACUCUGCAGAGUGGGAGUGCCGUCUACUAAAGUUCCUGAGGGCGUCGCUGGACACCAUGGAGGACGAGACCUGGACCAAGGGCCUGAGCUAUGAGCUGAGCCGGUGGCUGAGCAGCUCUCCCAGCAACUCUGGAGAAAAGUCUUUCCUGUACAAGGCUCUGGGCACAGUGCUGGGAGCUUGUAAAGAAGUCCUCCACAUCCAGGAGAAGCUGCUGCAGCACCUGGAGGAAGCAAACGCGGAGGAGCCAUCUGAGGCCCAGGGAAUGAUCUCUCUUCUCAGCCACGCUGCUGAGAGGAACUUCCACACAGUCCUGGACACACUCACCAUGUUUGUGUCCUGGCUGUGCAAAGGCUGGAAGGGAAGGAUUUCCAGGCACAACAAGAUGGAGCUGAACAGCAUGAGAGCUCAUGCCACAUGCAGCGCUCUCAUCCUCGCCCAUGGCAGCUUGGCACUGCGAGCCUCCAAGGAACAGCUGCUUGCCCGCCUGGAGGGAGACAUCGUGGGCAACAUCCUGCUGCUGUACAGCUGCAGCUGUCGGGACUUGCAGAACAAGCUCGCGCUGGUGCAGAGCAUCACCGACUUCAGCUCUGCUGUCCAUGCUGUGGGCAACCCCGCCUUCUUUAAUCCUUCCUUGAAGGACAAGCUGCUGAAGAUCCUGAUGGACCUGCUGAAGAAGUACUACUUGGGCACCCCUGUAUCUCCAGUGCCCCUCAAGGUGGUUCUGGCCCUGGAGCAGUUGAGCAAGCUGAAGCUCUCUAUAGGAAGCAAGGACAUGUCUGAAAUGUUGGUUCUGUGCUGCAAGAACAUUGUGACGCACCCCUCAGCAGAGAUGAUGCUGAAGAUCAGGAAGUCACAGCAAGCAGCUCAGUACCUGCAGCUUCAGCAAACAUCAUUGAAAUCUCUGGGCCGGCUCAUUGCAGUCCUGCUGGAGGCAGAGCCCUCCGGUGACUUCUUCCAGAACAUAGUCCAUGUCCUGCAGAAAUCAAUGACAUCAGACAACAUGUGGGAGCGCAAGAGGGCCCUGCAGACCUGCUCCCAGCUGCUGGCUGCUUGUGAAGAGCUUCAAAGAAGAGAUGCCUGUGAUCACUUUGGCUCCUUGGUGGGAUUGCUGGCUCCGCUGACAUGUGACCCCAUGCCCACAUCCCGCCAGCUGGCUGUCACUUGUCUGGGCUCUCUCCUCCAAAUCCAAGCCAAAGCAACCAAUAGAGUCAUCAAGACAGGAGACAUUGGGAGCCUGUGUGAGGGGCUGCAUGCCUGCAGCACCAUCUCUCAGCUCCAGACCUCAUCCAAAAUCGCAAGAAUAGUGUGCAGAAACUUCCCACUGGAACGCACAGUUGACUUCAUGUUGGCCAUCAAGGAGACCUUGCGGAGAGCCAAAGGAUUGCGUGUGCGUGCAGCUGGGAAGUGGAUGAUCACCUUUCUGCUGAUGUACGGGAAGGACAUCUGUUGGGACGUAAGAGACUUUCUUCCACAUUUGGGUUAUGUUAAGUCAGUUCCAGGAAAUAAAACAGAAAUAGGUGAAGGAAAUAUUGCAUAUGUGAGAGCUAUUGUGAAAGCAAAGCCUCUAAUUUUAUUACAAGCCCACUACAUCAGAGAUGGAUGUUGGUGGUACAGCAGUAGACGUUGA